UCGCAAGAGUCCUGCAGGUGACUAUUCUCCUUUGGCUCACUGACAGUCUAGGGGGUGACUCUGAGCAAGUUCUAUGUUGUCGGGGCGAGGUGACUGUAUUGGCUCAACAGAUAGCUCAAUGUUCUACCAGCACCCCUGUGUGGUCCGCUUCGCUGCUUGGGCGCUGGCUCGCUGGCUCCAGGGGUUUUUAUCCAGUGGUCCCACUUACGAUUGUUGCUCGGACCCAUGGGAGUCAGCUUCAUUACCCUACUGGGCAGGCUGCUGGUUGCUAUGGGAAACACUGGGGAGCAGUGGAGGUGGAGCCCAACAGGGCAUAGAAGCCAGGAACAGGAAAUAUGGCAGGGAACACAACAACCAAGGUAAGGAUACAGCAAAGGCACAAAGGCCUAACAGGGUACAGAAACAAGGAACUAGGAACACUGCAAGAGACAAUUACUACAACAACAAAAGGGUAGGGGUACAGCAGGGGUACAAGACACGGAGCUGAGCACGGAGCCCAGGGAGGACAAAUCCCAGCAGCAGAACCUGGUGGGAGAGGCCGUUUGGAGCGGCUCCACGGCACAGGAAUCCAUCGGGCAGGAAAAGCCCCGGAGAUCCCUCAUGAGGAGGGGCUGCAAACGCAGAUCUCGGGGAUCCGAGGAGGAAAGACCCAUCCUGGGCCAGGAAGGUGGACAGAGCUCGGAUCUGGGUGUCCAUGAGCAGCUUCACGAUGAGGAGAAGCCCUACAGAUGCUCAAUGUGUGAGAAGAGCUUCAGGUGGAGAUUCUGCCUGACCCAGCACUUUGUCAUCCACACGGGAGAACGGCCCUACGAGUGUGGGGAGUGCAGGAAGAGCUUCAGGCAGAGCUCCCACCUGACUGCCCACCAGAGGAGCCACACAGGGGAUUGGCCCUAUGAGUGUGAGAAGUGUGGGAAGAGCUUCAGCAGGAAAUCCAACCUCACCUCCCACUGGGGAAGCCACACGGGGGAUCGGCCCUACGAGUGUGGGGAGUGCGGGAAGAGCUUCAGCCAGAGCUCCCACCUGACUGCCCACCAGAGGACCCACACAGGGGAGAGGCCGUACGAGUGUGACCAGUGCAGGAAGAGGUUUUCCACCAACGCCCGUCUCUCCAAGCACCUGCAGACUCACACGGAUGAGAGGCCUUUCUGCUGCCCUGACUGCGGGAUGGGCUUCAAGCACAACCCCAACCUCGUCAGGCACCGGCGCAUCCACACCGGGGAGAGGCCCUACAAGUGUGGGGAGUGUGGGAAGAGCUUCAGGCAGAAAUCCACCCUGGUUGUCCAUCAGAGGAGCCACAUGGGGGAACGGCCCUACGAGUGUGUGGAGUGUGGGAAGAGCUUCAGCCAGAGCUCUAAACUGAUCAAACACCGGAGGAGCCACACAGGGGAGAGGCCCUACGGGUGUGAUCAAUGCAGGAAGAGGUUUCACACCAGCUCCCUUCUCCUCAGGCACCAUCGGAUUCACACGGAUGAGAGGCCCUUCCGCUGCCCUGACUGCGGGAAGGGCUUCAAGCACAACCCCAACCUCGUCAGGCACCGGCGCAUCCACACCGGGGAGAGGCCCUACGAGUGUGGGGAGUGUGGGAAGAGCUUCUCCUGGAGCUCUGGCUUGACCUAACACCAAUGGAGGCACCACUAAGAGAAGCCCUGUGAGUGCCCUGAGUGCAGGAUCCCCCCUGGAUGAUCCCCUGUGAGCCCCGGUGGGCAGAGCCCUGGUGAUCCGUGGUGCCGGUGAUUCGUGUUGAGAAGAUUCCUGCCUUGGGGCUCCACAUCUCUCUGGCUCCCCGUGGAGCUUUCUCUGGACUUUCUCUGCAGUUCUCUUUGUCCAUUCGAAACACCCAAAACCGGGGUAAAAAUAA